UUUUAACAUUUCAUUAAAAUCGUUAUCUCAAGUCAACACAAUCUCACAGCAUUUCACACUCAGAAGCUGCUACAUAUUUUUCUUUCUUCUAUACUUUAAAUAGCCUCCCUAGAUUCUGCUUCUUCUUCUUCUUUUUUUCUCUUUUCUACUUUUGAUAUAUGCAUCAUCAAUGCAUGAUAAGGAGUAUAAACUAAUACUAUCUGGUAAUUUGUCGUUUUUAAUUAUUUCCUUUGUAUCAAAUUUGGUCAUAAUACGCAACAGUAAUGUUGUUUUUACGUCGGUCACAAUAGUGGUUCAGUUCUUCACAUUAUUACUUUGGUGGAAAUGGAAUAUCAGAAAAAUCAACUGAUAUGACAGACAAAUAUUAUGAUAGCAAAUCGGAGUCAGUGGAAAGUGGAACGUGGAAACACUAAUAUUAGUAGGUUCUUUAACAAAAAAAGUCGAUACAAGAAUCCUCUGAACACAGAAGUUGAUGAAUUAUAGCACGAGGCCAUUGGAAAAAAUAAAACCUAAGUUGAAAACAAAACAGUAACGGAGAAGCAAAACUCCAUCAAUCAAACCCAUUGCCCCCACAUUUGCUGCUAAUCAUCAAUCAAUGCUUCAACCACACUUUUGUUAACAAACCUCAUUAAUCCAACAAAAGUUUCAACAUUCCCCAAGAAGAAAAGACAGCAACUUUAAUCAAAGCUUCUCGAGUUUGUUGAGUAUCAAAAAGCAAAACAAGAAUCAUGAAGAAGAAAGGCACCAACAACAACAACUUUAGCCUUCUGUCUUUGUCUCUGUUCCUGAAUUGUUUGAUUCUAACAAACGGAUACAGCAUUGGAGUCGGAGUUGGAAUCGGCGGUGGAGACGGUGACGACGGCGGAGUUUGGAUAGGUGGAGGAAACCCUAAUUCCAAUCCUGGCUCAGCUCCAAACCAACAACAGACAACAAAUGCAGCUUACAAUGCUCUUCAAUCUUGGAAAUCCGCCAUUACAGAGGAUCCAUCUGGUGUUCUUAAAACAUGGGUUGGUGAAGAUGUUUGUUCUUACAGAGGCGUGUUCUGUUCUGGCUCAUCUAUAACCUCCAUAGAUCUAAACAAAGCAAAUCUCAAAGGCACCAUUGUUAAAGACCUCUCUUUACUCUCAGACCUAACCAUUCUUCAUCUCAACAGUAACAGAUUCUCUGGUCAAAUCCCAGAUUCUUUCAAGAAUCUUGAUUCUCUUCAAGAACUCGAUCUCAGCAACAACAGAUUCUCCGGUUCUUUCCCUCAAGUCACACUCUACAUCCCAAAUCUGGUUUACCUCGAUCUCCGGUUCAACAAUUUCACUGGCUCUAUACCGGAAAAUCUCUUCAACAAACAAUUAGACGCGAUUCUCCUCAACAACAAUCAAUUCACCGGAGAAAUCCCUGGGAAUCUCGGUUACUCUACAGCUUCGGUGAUUAAUCUCGCUAACAACAAAUUAUCCGGCGAAAUCCCGACGAGUUUCGGUAUCACCGGUUCGAAAUUGAAAGAGGUUUUGUUCUUGAAUAACCAGUUAACCGGUUGUAUACCGGAAUCAGUUGGUUUAUUCUCCGACAUUGAAGUGUUUGAUGUUAGUUUCAAUUCAUUGAUGGGUCAUGUCCCUGACACGAUCUCUUGCUUAUCGGAGAUUGAAGUUUUGAAUCUCGGACACAACAAAUUCUCCGGUGAUCUUCCUGAUUUGGUCUGUACUUUGAGGAAUCUGAUAAAUCUGACGGUUUCUUUCAACUUCUUCUCUGGGUUUAGCUCUCAGUGCUCGAGCCUUAGCGUUGGGUUUGAUUUCACCGGAAAUUGUAUUCCCGGUAAGGGUUAUCAACGGCCUCAGCCGGAUUGUUCGGCGAUUCCUGGUGGCCAAUUGAGCUGUUUUAGAAUUCCGGCGCAGCCGUUAACGUGUGCUGCGAUUAGCUUGGGGUUGAAGGUGGCUUCAUCUCCAUGAAAACAUAAAAAGUUCGAAGCUUUUGUAUUGGUUAUGCAAUUGUGACUUGAUAGAAGAAAAUGGUUUUUAUCAGUUACAUUAUUAAUCAAACUGAUUUAUAUUAGUAGAUAAAACUUAUUUCUGAUUUUGAAACCUUUGUAAUCUGAUCUUUCU